CCCAGCUCCGGCUCCCGGGCGAGUCCCGCACGGGGUCCUCCGCACCGGCGCGCCCGCCGGCACCGACCUCGCGGACGGAGAUGUGGGGCCCCGCCACCCCGCGGCGGCUGCUGUGGGCCCUGGCGGGCGCCGGGCGCCUCCGCCCCGGGAAGCCCCGAGCGGCGCCGCGGGCCUGUGCGGCGGGGAGCCUCCGCCGCUGGUUGGGCUCCUUCCUGCAGCCGCUGCCCUACCUGGACUACGAGGAGACCAUGCCCUGGGAGCCCCGGAGCCGCCUGGACCCCAGGCGCUACAUCACCAACCUCAAGCUGGCGCACACCGUGGCGCCGAUCCUCAUGCGGGGGAGCAAGAAGAACCGCCCGCCCAUCAUGGAGUGCAAUCCCGGUCCUGGAAUUUUGACUGAAUUGUUACUUGGUUAUGGUAGCAGUGUGAUUGUCCUUGAAAGUGAAAAAGUUUUUAUUCCACAUUUGGAGUCCUUAGGGAACAAUAAAGUAAAGCUGGACGUGGUCCACUGUGACUUCUUUAAACUGGAUCCCAAGGUGUGUGAAAUAAUGAAGCCACCCGUCUUGACUUCACAAACACUUUUUGAAAAUUUGGGGCUAACACCAGUUUCCUGGUCAGAAGAUGUCCCUUUAAAGAUAUUUGGAAUCUUACCCAUCCGAUAUGAAAGAAAGGCACUUUGGAAACUUAUGUAUUGUUUGUAUGCCUGUAAUUCUAUAUAUAGAUAUGGGCGAGUAGAACUGGACUUAAUCGUUAGUGAAAGAGAAUACCAGAAAAUAAAGGGCAGUCCCCGAAGUCCAGACAAUUAUCAAGUGCUGAGUGUGGUUUGUCAGGUGGCCUGUGACAUCAAGUUACUUCACAAGGAGCCUUGUUCAUCAUUUAGUAUAUAUAACCAAAAUGGGAAGGUAGAAAAGCCAAAGAAUAAGGAAAUAUUAGAACUGAUAGACCAAGACAUGUAUUUGAUUCGGUUGAUUCCUCGUAAAAAUUUAUUUACAGAAAACUUAACUCCUAUUAACUUUGACAUAUUUUUUCAUAUGAUACGGCACUGUUUUGGGAAGCCCAAUGCCAGUAUUCUACAUCACUUACGUGCACUGAGUCCAAUUGAUGCAAAGAUAAUACUGAAGAAAAUGAAACUUGCUGAAUCAACGAAGGUUAAUAAAAUGUCCCCUCGUGACUUUAAGCUGCUUUUUGAAACAGUAGAGAGUAUGGAAGGCGAUAGUGUCUACAAGUGGCUGUAUGAUAACAGCAUGGACGACUCCUUGAUAUAGGGAGGUACUCUGUUGGGUUGGAUGGCAGUCAGCACAAGUAAACAAGCAUCAAGUUGAAAACUCAGAUCCUUCAGCACCAGGAAUACAGAGACUGUUGCUUCAGAAGUUGAUACUAUUGCUUUGUUGGAUAAACUGAUUUUAUGCACAACUGAAUAAAACUGAAAUUGGAAUUAAGUGUGGGUUUGA